UGUACAUCAGAAUUGCAGCAUUCGAGCUUCACUCCGCAAGACGUGUUCUGUGGCUCCUUCACCGAACAGCUACUCCCUAUAUGGAUCGUUCUACCUCUGGACAGCCGCCAGUGUCGCAUCGACUCAUGCAAUUCGAUGACCGGACUGGCCAAGUACAGCAUGGCAACCCAGCGUCUAAAUGACCCGAAACUCAGCCCCAAUGCUCUUAACUUAACUGUCUUGGGAAUAUGCGCGGAGGCUUCGUUGAGUGGUGUCAGCUGCAUUCUAUUGCGCUAUCGACAACAAAGCCCAGAGGAACAACUCCUUUUAAACCUCAUCCGGUACGAAGAGAUAGCCGUACCGUGGGACGUACGAACCCCGAUUCUAAACCUCCUUCGCGAUCGUCAUAAGCACCCACAACACAUGCUUCGUGUUCAUGAUAUGGUUGGACACAUGCUUUCCACAACUAUCGAGCGUUUUUGUGGGAAUCAGAACAUUUCUGUAGACUCCGUCGAUCUGGCAGCCACGCAGGCCGAUUCCGUACCCCCUUCGGUACUUCCAUCGUCUGAUGGCGCGUCCUGGAAGGCUGAGAUUGAUCCCAGGUUGCAGAACUGGACAAAGGUUAUCUUGGAACGAACUGGAAUCACGACGAUCGCGAGCCUGCCAACGAACAGACGACCGUUGAAUCGACGAGGGCCUUCGUUACAAGUAUUCAUGGAUAACCUAUACCUUCGGCACGCGACCAAAUUUCGCGUUUGCCUUACGAUCGACGAUUUCCUGACUGUCACCGCUAUACCACCCGAAGAAUCGACCAUGAAGGUCACAUCCACGCCCUUCGCAUAUUGUGGACCCGGCACGCUCUUCAUCGAUUACGCGAUGCGUUACGCAACCUCCAACCAGAUGGAGCACGAUUAUACAGGAGCCUAUGGUGAACGCGGGAGCGUCAAUGAAAACUUGGUGAAUCGUUUUCUUGAUGUCAACGAUUACACUCGCCGCGCUCUUCCCACAACCAUGGCCGUUGAGAUGUUUGGUCAGCAUGAAAUACAAAGCCUUAUAGAGGAAUGUUCUUUCAUAGGCAUAUCCGAUCUCGACGCUAUCGCCACCAUAACCCGUAUCACAUCCGAGAUCAUUCUUUCUCAGUACCGUAGGGUUAUGGCAGAAUUCUCUCCGAGCCAAAAAGUGGACGAGGUCUUCAUCUGCGGGCGUGGUGCCAAAAAUCUGAAGAUUGUGGAACGGUUGGAGGAAGUACUUCCAGAAGAGGUUAUGACCAGACCUUUUGAUGAUAUUGGUAUACCUGGAGACGCAAAGUGCGCCGCAUAUUGCGCACACUUCGGACUCGAGCUUGCGCUAGGACAAGUGGAACUCGAGAUGGGAUUCCUAAGCGAUGAAUCUCAGAAGCAGCAGAUCCAGGAAGCGCUCGUGAAGGGGAGAAGGUGGGAUAUUCUCCGCGACAGAAUAACUCGAUUUGCCGCAGGAAAGCAGUUGCCACCCAUGCAACAAAUCGUGGUGAACAGGGGAUAA